AUGCAUGAAUAUCGGGUUCGAUUAAACACUUCAAUCGAUGUGGUAAGACUUCUCUUGAAUCAAGGUUUUGCGUUUCGUGGUCAUGACGAGAGUGAAUCGUCAUUGAACAAGGGUAAUUUUCUUGAAGUUCUUUCUUGGUAUGCUGCUAGAUGUGAUGCAAUUAAACCUUUUGAGUUAGAAAAAGCUCCAAAUAAUAAUAAAAUGACUUCUCAUGACAUCCAAAAAGAUAUUGUGACUGCGUGUAAGAUUGAAACAGUUAAGGCUAUAAUAGAGGAUAUAAAUAGUGACUACUUUGCUUUAUUGGUUGAUGAAUCUAGAGAUUUGUCACGCAAAGAGCAAAUGACUAUUUGUCUAAGAUAUGUUGACAAAAGGGGGUUUGUGAUGGAGGCAUUUAUUGGACUUGUUCAUAUUAAAGAUACUAGUGCUUUAUCUCUAAAGGAAGCAAUUGUAGAUCUACUUGCUCACCAUUCUUUGACUUUAUCUAAUGUACGUGAGCAAUGUUACGAUGGGACAAGCAAUAUGCAAGGUAGAGGGUUGAAUCAAGAACUUGGCCUUGUUAAAGCCGGUGAUACUCGUUGGGGAUCUCAUUACAAGUCAUUUGGAAACUUUAUUAGUAGGUUUGACUCUAUUGUCGAUGUACUUGAUCCUCUUGUUGUAAAUGCAAGUACUUUGGAAGAAAGAGCAAGCGCAUCGGGAUUUCUCAGAAGUUGUCAAACGUUUGAGACUAUUUUCUUGUUGCAUUUGAUGACUGAUCUUUUAGGAAUCACAAAUGAUCUUAAUGUUUCAUUACAGAAAAAGGAGCAAGAUAUUGCAAAUGCCACGAUUCUUGUAAAGGUAGCAAAGAGAGGUUGCAAGCUUUAA